AUGGAUAAAACUUGGAUGCAAAAGAAUAGACGAAGCAAAGAAUAUUGGGAUGGUUUGCAAAAAUUCUUAGAUUAUGCAUUCCAGAAUUCAAGUAUAAAUGGGAUGAUAUUAUGUCCAUGUAAAGAAUGUAAGUGUGGUGUAUGUAUUACCAGGGAGAAUGCAGAACUUCAUUUGAAAGUUUAUGGUUUUGUUAAAGGAUACACCCAUUGGGCAGCUCAUGGAGAAUUUGUUUACUCUAGUGCACCAAAACCUACUUCCUAUGAUAUCUCACAUGGGGUACGGGAUGAACUUGAUGACAUGCAUGGUUUGGUUCAUGAUGCAAUGGGAAUUCCUGAACAAGAUUAUACAAGGAUAGAUGGAACUGAAUACAAAAGCCAAUUGCCCAAUGUAGAAGCUGAAAAGUUUUACAAUCUAAUUGAUAAUUCUAACAAAGAGCUUUACUCUGGAUGUAAAAGAUUCUCAAAACUUUCCUUUAUGAUUCGGCUGCUUCACCUCAAAUGCCUUGGUAAACUCAGCAACAAAAUUUUUGAUAUGUUACUUGAUUUGUUGAAAGAAGCCUUUCCAGAUGCGAUGGAUGGUUUGCCUAAGUCUUAUUAUGAAGCUGAAAAGUUAAUGAAGGAAUUAGGACUUGGGUAUGAUAAAUAUGAUGCAUGUCCGAAUGACUGCACUUUGUAUUGGGGGGUAGAUGCAAGAAGAAAGCAUUGUGAAACAUGUAAAGAAUCUAGAUGGGUUAAAUCUGAAAAUGAUCCGACUGGUGAGGGAAGAAAAAUACCGCAUAAGGUUUUAUGGCAUUUUCCCCUAAAACAUAGGUUACAACGCCUAUUUAUGUCCUCCAAAAUUGCAGGCCAUAUGAGAUGGCAUGCAGAAGGUCGUACUAAGGAUGGUAACAUGAGGCACCCUGCUGAUUCUCCAUCUUGGCAAACAUUUGACUUUCAUCAUCCAGAAUUUUCUCAAGAUUCUCGUAAUGUGAGGUUGGGCCUAGCAUCAGAUGGAUUUAACCCAUUCAAAAAUAUGAGUUCAACUCAUAGCACUUGGCCGGUAAUAUUGAUGCCAUAUAAUUUGCCGCCAUGGAUGUGUAUGAAACAAUCGAACUUUAUGUUGUCAUUGUUGAUACCCGGUCCAUUUGCACCAGGAAAUAAUAUUGAUAUAUAUUUAAAACCUCUCAUAGCAGAAUUAAAGGAAUUGUGGGAUGUUGGAGUGAAUACAUAUGAUGCAUCAAGAAAAGAAAACUUUCAACUUCGUGCAGCACUUUUAUGGACCAUCAGUGACUUUCCAGGUUAUGCAAUCCUCUCCGGAUGGAGCACUAAAGGAAAACUUGCAUGUCCUGUAUGCCAUAAAUACACAUCUUCACAGCAUCUGCAAAAUUGGGGAAAAUAUUGCUAUAUGGGGCAUCGAAGGUACUUGGAAAUGAACCAUCCAUUUCGCAAAGAUGCUAAAUCUUUCAAUGGAGCUGUAGAGUAUGGAAAACCACCAAGAAGGUUAAUGGGGUCUACAAUUUUAGAUGAGUUAGCUGGUUAUAGUAUUAAACUUGGGAAGACAGUUAGUGACAAUCCAGAAUUGCCAUUUAAUUGGAAAAAAUUAAGUAUUUUCUUUGAUUUGCCCUAUUGGAAAGACAAUAUGAUACGUCAUAAUCUUGACGUUAUGCACAUUGAGAAGAACAUCUGUGAGAUCAUUGUGGCUACAUUGUUGAAUCUGGAAAAAACCAAAGAUAAUAAAAAGUCACGUCUUGACCUUCGUGAUAUGGGUAUAAGAUCAGAAUUGCAUCCCAUUGAGAAGGGAAAUGGUAGGAGUGUUCUGCCUCCAGCUUGCUUUACAAUGAAAAAGAAGGAAAAAGAGAUAUUUUGCAAAGUUUUGAAAGGGAUAAAAGUUCCAGAUGGCUACGCAGCAAAUAUUUCUAGAUGUAUUAAAGUAAAGCCAUCAAAAAUUUCUGGAUUAAAAAGUCAUGAUUACCAUAUUUUGAUGCAACAACUUCUCCCAAUAGCUCUGCGCAGGACUUUAUCAAAAGCAGUUCGCUCUCCUUUAGUCAAAUUGAGCAGGUAUUUUCGCAAGUUGUGCUCCAAAGUUUUGGAUCCAGCAGAUUUAGUUCAUUUGGAAAAAGAGAUUGGUAUCAUACUUUGUCAAUUAGAAAGGAUUUUUCCACCAUCCUUUUUUAAUGUGAUGGUACAUCUGGCUGUUCAUUUGGUUAGCGAAGCAAAAAUAGGAGGGCCUGUCCAUUAUCGGUGGAUGUAUCCUAUAGAAAGCCAACACCAUAAAAUGGUGGAGGAGCAAAAUCCAUGUGCUGGAAAACAUGUCAUUGAGCGUAUUCAUUGUGAGAACUUUGCAGAUUGGUUUUCGGACCAUGUUAAGCAGAUUCAAGUGGCUGAUGGUGUUGACAUCUCCAAAGAUUUGAAACUUCUGGCUAGGGGUCCAAAUAAUGUGGGGAGAACAUAUCAAAAGAUUCUUGUCAAUGGCUUUCGCUUCCAUACAAGACAAUUAGAAUCUCAGAGGAAAACUCAGAAUAGUGGGGUUCUUGUCAAUGCAACAACAUCAAGCUUUUCGAGUACUAAAGAUAAUAAUCCAAUUUUAAGUGACUUGGCUUACUAUGGUAUUUUGACGAAUAUCCUUGAGUUAAAUUACACUGAAGGCCGAACUGUCACCUUAUUUGAAUGUGAUUGGAUAUCAAAAGGCAAAAGAUUAAAGCAAGAUGAGGAUGGAUUCACAUUGGCCAACUUCAAGAAUGUAAAGCCUCACCCUGAGCCAUAUGUGAUAGCAACCCAAGUUUCACAAGUUUUUUAUGUUGAAGACCCUUUAGCUGAAGGCUGGAGUGUUGUUGUUGCUACAUCUCCUAGGAAUGAGUUUAUGAUGGACCCCGUAUGUGAUAUUGAGAUGUAUUUGCAAAGCACAAUUACCUCAACAACUCAAAUGGACAAUGAGAAUGAAGACAUUCGAUGGGUUCGAGAAGAUGAUGGAGAUGAAAUACUCCACUAG